AUGGAUCAAUCACCAGAAAAGCCCUGCGUCAACAGUCAGGUCUUCCUACAGAGCCUAACAUUCGCAGAUGACAAAGUCCUUGAGCACAUGGGCAAGAACAUUGACGACUACUUCAAGAAGCAUCUAGGCCUCUCACCAGACAAUGCUGAACGCCUUCACAAGGAUUACUCCCAGCAAUACGGCCAGGCAAUCGAAGGGCUUGUACGCCACCACCAAAUUGACGCGUUGGAAUACAACGCCAAGGUCGAUGACGCGGUCCCAUUGGACGACCUCAUCAAGCCAAACGCCCGAUUGCGACAAUUCCUCGAGGAUAUUGAUACGUCGAAAGCCUUUACUGACCCUUUCUCAGAUGACUCUCAUAAGAAUUGUGUCGGAGCAAAGGACGCUGGCUGGACUGCUAUUCACUUUGUGGAAGAGGGACUUUCUGUACCUGAUACACAAGCGUCUCAGCAUCAGAUUCGCCAUCUCGAAGAGCUGAGAUCACUUUAUCCUGACUUCUUUAGCGUUAGAAAUUGA